UAAACGGUGGGGAAAAGCAGUGUUUUUGCCAUUCCGUCAGUGCGUAUUCCGUUUCACCAUGAACAAUUUUUGCGAAUGUUUCCUGCAACCGCUGUGUUUUAGGGAAAAGUAAGUAGUUUUCCUACGACAUUGAUAUUUUUAGUGAUGAUCGUUAUAGUUGGUGCUAACUACAUACAACCCAGUGCGCUUGGUCGAUGAGAAUCUGUGAAAAUGAACGAGUGUUCGGGAUGAAAAAGUGUUAUUUUUUUUAGUGUUCUAGUGGUGAAGUGAUUUGAGUUAAUACAAUUCCUAUAAAUUAGUCUAUUAGAGCUCCUGCUUAAUAAAAUGCUAAGAUUAGUUGAUGAAGUUUGGUAGAACAAAUUCUAAAACAAGUGCUUGUUGCCGGUCUGGAAUGGACAGAAGAGUUCCAGACGCUUUUCAAGGUUACUGGAGGCUGCGCUGCACGGGCUAAUAAACACACCCAUACAGAGCCGUGGUGGACUGGAAUCUUCUGUCAAACGACCAGCCGUCUUUUGGCCAUGAUAAAGUGUCAGCUAGUGUACUUUAGUGGCAAAUGUAUUUAUUUUGAUGCGCGGGUUACAAGAAAAACGUGUCAUUUUGAGUUUAACUGAAUACAGUCGGCCUUUUCGAAAAAGUUAGUUAUUAGGUGAGGUUUUGAAAAAAAAAAUGUUGAAUAGUGCGCGAGGAAAAUCAUAAAAGUGUUUGAUUGGGUGCUGUGAAUGUUAUCUUUUAUUGAUGACGGGUAAGAUCCUGUUAUUGUUUACUUUAGUGAAGCAAGUAGUUAGAAGAACGAUAUCACUGGUCGAUGUGUACAAAUAUUUAUGAAACAUGGCUCAAGAAAUGCUGGAAAAAAUCUUGAUGGUCAAAUUGGAGUCAACGGAGGAGUUCCCACGACGGUUUCUGACGAUUUUCGAGAGCGAACCGAGGCGCUGCUCCAUCGAAGACUUUGCCGUUCACUUUCUUGGACUAAUUAGAACGCAAACAGAAGACUUCACAAAAUGUGUUCCCUCAAUGUGUGAUACCCCGAAGAAAGUUCUCCCGGUUGCGACCAGCAGUGGUAGGAAGCCGUCAAUCACAUCCACAGCCGAUUCCGCCGGCACGUACAAUGCUCCCGUAUCGGUAUCAACUUCGAACAAGACGACGGCAAUCGAUCGACAAACAACGGCUGCUCCAUCACUACUGACGUCGUCCAGCUGGCAGAAAGAAGAUACGAGUGGGAUCGAUGAACAACAACUGGAUGCGUCCGGAAGUCGAUCGCAAUCGGGCCGAUCGAUUUCACGUGAUUUGUUUGCCGGUUCAAGCACCGCGGAGGAGGAUAAGGACUUUCAUGUGGGGUUUCGGAAAAUUGACGGCGAUCAGAAAUCUUGCUCUGCGAUUGGGGAAUCACCGGCAUCGACGGCGGGGGAAGUUGCAUCAAGGCGAAGGGCCGACCUAUUUCCAGCGGCAUCAAUUGUUUCAGCCGAACGAAUUGAUGCCAUUCACCAUCACCGGCACAGUUAUGAAAGGAGUGAAAAUGAAAAACUUACAACGCCAAUCAUCACCGACGCACUUCUUAGCCCGAUCCCAAUCGCUCGAAUCAGCACUCCGACGGUGGCAGGCAAAAUUGAUUCCACCAACAGUAGCACGCCCCUCAGAAGCCACGGCGCCAAACAUCUCAUACAUCAGCUGAACACCAGCACCCCAAUCAUCAACUCCGGCAACCGUUCCGGCAAAGGAUCACGCAACUCCUGGAAUCUGGAUUGCUCAACUCCGAACAAUCAGUCGGCGCCAGGUAACGGUUCUCGCAAUGACUCACGUCGCAGUCACGAUCGGUCCUUUGGCAACUACAACCAGCAUAAUAACAGUGCCGCCAGUCGUCAGACCAGUUCACCUUGUCUGGGUGACUUCAUUACCCACUCCUCGCUGAAAUCUAAGCCGCGAAAGGGGGCAACGUCCAGCAGUGCGAAUAACAGUAAAGAUAGCAGCAGCAAAUCAAACUCGCUCUUCAUGGAGAAUGAGUUCCCGGGUCUGAAAGCCUCCAUGCAGCCAUCGACCCCCGGAAGCGAGCAGCACCGAGGCAAAAAACGUGUAACUCCAAUCACGGUAAGCAAGACACUCACCAGUAGGCUGGGUGGAUCUAGUUUUGAGCUGGACAAUUCGGUGAGUCCUGCCGAGGGAAAGUCUAAACAACGAGUCACGCCAACAACAAUACUCAGCAGAUCCACCACCUCUAACAAGCACGACUUUACCAGCUCAUCGUUUAAAUCGGAUAAUAAUUUAAUUAAUCUGACGGAGGACAGCCUGGAAUUGGAUCUCUCUCAGAAGGAUGAACGAGGUCUGCUACGAAAUUAUAAAGACAUCAUCAAAAGCAGCUUCGAAGCCGCUGAUGAACAAAAUCCUGAUACGAACAGAAUGCUUCAGACAGCCCUACGAAACUCAAUCAUCACACCACGGAAGCUGUCUGAAGGUGGGGCUACUGCUCAACCGGUUCGAAUCGAGUUGGAUCGGGUCACACUGCCAGCCUUAAUUGACCGCAUGGUGGAUGUUUACACUGUGCUAAUCGACCUCAACCUCACCCCAAAUGUCCUGUCAGAGAUUGCGUAUUUAAUCAACUUAAUUAACACCGAAUUUGAUCCACUCGAAGGUUCGCCUCCGCUUGAAACUGCCGAUGAAAGUGAUCCCCCCAAAGCGAUCGCACAAGCUGGGAGUGUGUUGAAAAAUCUCAACAAUUGCAUCUACUUUGCUAUGGGUGCGCUUAAUCGUCAAAAAAAUCUCCUAGCGCUUCUCGACAGCACAAGUCUUAAGGUGCUUAUUGAAAACGAGCGCAUCGCAGUGCACAACCAAUCGCUGAAUAGUUUCUUAAGAGAUGUUUACACUCAGAAGCUGCAGCUCGAUUGCAGUGGUCAAAAGCUCCUGGAUGGAUCGAUGAACAUAAUCAACAGUGGCAGCGGGAUCAAUGUAUUCUAUCAGCAGGAAGCGGACACCAGAGAGCAUUUUCCCUCUGAUCGGGAGUUUGGUGCCUUCAAGAAGCAGCGGGAUGCUUUCUGCACAAUAUAUAGGACGUGGGACCUGAAGCAUCUAAAUCCAACGUGGAACUUUCUGGCGGAGCUCGGUACAAAGGUUCGCUCGUUACUGGCCAUCAUGGACCAUCCAAUCAAUAUGACGCACCUGGCGAAGCUCUUUACUGCACAGUUGGUACAGUCCUGCAACUUUGAUCACCCAGCAUCCGAACUGGCGAUGGCCUUGCCGAACGUGGACCCGGCCAAGCUGGUGAAACUUCGACAGCGCCUGGUUGCCCCCAGUCAGUUCUCCACCCAGUACCUGUUUCCGGGCAGUCAGGCAUUUUUCCGCGAUUUCAUCAUCGCCAGCGAGACCAAUCAAAUAUUCAUCGAACAGCUGAAGGCCGUACUGAUCCACGAGUUGCUGGAGCUGAACGGUUCCUCGUACGAGGUGCUGAACGUUUCCAUCUCCGAAAAUCAGCACGACAGCGAGUAUGUGGUUCGGCCGGAAUCGACGACAACAAUGCGUGUCCUGGCGAAAUUUAUCGGCUACAUCAUCUCAAGGCCAUUUAACUUCGAUAGCUACAGGAACACGACGGUGGAGAAUCGCCAAAUCGAGCUUCGUAAUGCGCUUCUACCCCUAUUUGACGUGAAAUCGAUUCUGCUAAAAGCCAUAGCGGAACGGAAACUUAUCAUCACCGUGCCUUGGUUGGUUCAAUAUUUGGCCAUGCUGGAUGGAAUCAGCCUUCGACUGAGCUACUAUAAGGAACUAUUCGACAUUCUAUAUGAGCUGUACCUGAGGACGACGGCAUAUGAAAGUUACACCGAGAGAAGGCUGCUCGUGACGCCCACAUCCAAGUUCAUUUUACGAGCGUGUUUGGGGUGGUUGUUUGAACAUCCGAACAUCCCAGAGGAGUACUACAGCUACCGACAAAAGAGAAGAUCUUUGCUUUCCAUCGACGAGGGACUACACAAUUACAAAAAGUUAACAAUGCUUGUGGAUAAUGGAUUCUCCGAAGAACUCGAAACCAGUAGUCCAUUGGUUUUAACAAAAAUAAAUGAACGCUUCCAGGGGACUUUGAACUGUGAGAUAAAGCCACUGAGAAAGGGAAUUAGCGAAAGUAUUUCACUGAAAAUAGAUUCGAUGGUUCCCAAAAAUGAGACCGUCCCCCUGAAUCCUCUGCUCGAAAGCAUCCUUAAUGCAUCCUGUCCAUUCCUCGCAGACUUCCGCGUCUCGAUGAUGCCCUCGAAAAUGGAGAAAACUGUUUCUCGUUCCGGACGGUAUCGCCACAUCACGACCAAAUACUCCGGAGCUACCACUAUCGGUAGCAAUCAGAAGCCAACCAAUGACCAGCACAAACUGCUGGAAGCUUUCCUGCGAUCCCAAAGCCUGUCGGUUCGUCGCACCAUGGAAUUUGUCAUCGAACGGACUUCAUCCGCGGCGAUUAAAGAUUUUCAAAUGACGCAUCUUUUGCCCCGCAGAAAGCACACAUCCGAGCAAAUUGCCGCGCUACAGGCGGAAUCAUUGUCCCAAGCCACCAAGGAGAUUUAUAAACUAUGCUCAGCCGCGUUAGCCGCAAUCAAUGCCAGCUGGGACACGAACAUGCCCCCGAUGUUGGCCCGCCGGAUUCAGGAAGCGUUUGACGCAUUGCUCCCAAGUGAGACCCUGGAGCCGGUGAAACAAACGUGCAUUAAUCUUGCGCUGGAACGGUGCCUUGUCAAAAUCAACGAAUGGCGCCAAACGCACAUGUUUGAGAUAGACCUAUUUUGCAAGGACAUCCCAGGAGAAGCGGCGAAAGCGACAAAGGACGCAUCCGACAAACAGAAUCUUCCCCUAGCGAGCCUUACGGUAAAUCUGGACCAGAUACAGCACACGGUGGUGUACGAUCAACUUCAGACCAUGAUUUAUACGGCGGCUUCACUUCCGGACGAGCUGAAUUCUAUCGAAUUGGGACGUUUCAUUGCGCUGACACUGCGCUAUUUGGACGAGCAGGAUGGGACGCCUGCGAUGAACAGAACACUCGCAUACAUGAUGCUGCAAUUAGCACUGCUAAUCGUGAUCAACCGUUGUGAUUUAAUUGUACCUGACAUAGUGCAAAGUCUGCUGGCAGUUUGGAAGCACAGGAAAUUAAGCGAAUUUUGCACUAUUCCUAAUGCGUCCGAGGACGAUGGCGAAGAGGAUGAAAUCGAAAAGCUUAUAAUCAAUAAUACUCUGGAGGACGGUGGUAGACCAAUUGUAGACGAAGAUGACAUCCGGCGGAUCAGAUUAAGAAAGCAGCAGUCGGAAAGCAACUACAUCUUCUCGACGCUGGUCAGUAACCGUUGCAUCCGGAUGAUGGCGCACCGUGGCACAGACCAAGUGUUUGCUUGUUUUGCUAGUUUCAUCAACAGUCUGGUAGAAUGUAAUCUGAUCAGCAUCCGGCGGUUGAACGAACAGUUCGUGAAGAUAUUUAACGAGGACUGGCAACAGCACACGCUGGAGCACAUCUCUCGCCUAAUGGAUGCCGUCCUGAAAGGGGCUGCCAGAUCCGCCGGUGGUCAAACCUCGGCAGAGGGAUUUGCUGGUGGGUGCGAGGAUAAUACGACAACCGGGCGGAAAGCCAACAUAGACGAAGCACACUCACAACUUUUUCUGGAGAUGCUGUCGGAUUUGGCAAGAGAAAUUGAGGAUUUUUGAUACUUAGUUAUGUCAGCGGUGAAGGAUGACGCAUGGCUGUUGAACGAUGGAUUAAGGUGGCAUAAGAUCUUUGUAAGAUGUUUUCAGAUUUUUUGAUAUUGACUUUUUAACACUUUUUUAUAUAAUUUUGUUUCAUUUUCUUGUGAAAUAUCUGUGUUCUGGUAGUAUACCUUAAAUUUUAUCAUUUUGAGAC